AUGCCUGAAAACUUUGGGAAUUUAUUGUACUACACAAACGAUGUCAACUGCAACGAUGACCCUUACAAAGGGUUGAAGGUUUUGACGAAGCAAGGAACUGCGGAUUGCAACGAUCGUGUCAUUUUCGACGUACCUGAUGACAAAGCGGCUCUCAAACUGGACGAGUGUAUGUUUCAAUUCAAGAUGACAAUCCCGGAAAAUUUCGUGCCCGACAACGAUGUUCACGCUAAAAUUGUCAAAAAGCUUGAUGUAAAGAUUCUUGAUAAUAGGAUCUUUUCAUCGUUUGACACUCACGAAUAUACGUUCUUCAAUCAUUUUAUCACAAAGUUGAAUUACUCUCCGCUGGCGCAAGAGUGUGAGCUUUUUCCCAGCGGACGAUUUGACAGCUUGGAUCCGGAUUCUGAAGAAUUGACAACGAUUCAAGUGAGAAGAAACGGUCUUAACUUGGCGGAAAAUCGUCGACAAGUGCUUCCCUCUGGAUCACGCCCGAAUUUCGAAGUUUAUCUGAACGAGCAAGGCAAUGUUUUGAUGGAAGUCGAAAAAUACACCAAAUGCCGAAUGACUGUACCUGGAAUUAAUUCUCUGACGACUGGAGAUUUGCCACCAAAUAUCAAGACAAUAGAUUCAGAACGAGCGCAUGCAACUAAAGCCGAUUGUGAUUGCACCGAUGAAAAGUACCGAUCCGGGAAAUAUAAAAAUUUGAAGCAGAUUCAAGCCAAAGGAGAAGUGAUUGAAACAGUUCUUUCUAAACUGUAUGGAUCCGAUACCUUCAAAGCUCAUAGCUUUGAUGAAGCUGUUGCUAGUGUCACAAUGGAUACAGAGGACGAACGAUAUGGCUACAUUUGGAUGGAUCUGAAGCUUGACCCAAAGUCGACGGUUGAAGUCAAAGAUUAUAUUCUUGAGGCGGCAUACUGUGAACCUGGCAAGGAAGAAAAACCACUCUCGACGGGCGUUAAAGGUGAAGGGGUGAUUCCCUUUUUUUACCCUCGUUUUACUAGAAAAACGCUGCCAGUUGGACUCAGUCAACACGAUAUCGAAUUGAGCACAGGACCGUUACCAAAGAUGAUCAUUAUAACAGGAAUGCCACACGGACGCUACGAUGGUCACAAUUUCCGACUGUGCACAACAAAAACAUCGAUGAUUGAUGAAAAAUUCCGAAUCAAGUCUUUUACGGUAUUUGUUGAUAAUCGACCUGCAUUUAGAUCGCCCUGGACGACGGCUCAAGAACACUACAUAAAUUACAUGAAGCACAAUGGCCGCUGGGCCAAUAAAGCGGUUGCACUCGGUCAAGACUUUUUUGCUUUUCAAAAGUACAAUUGGAUGGUGCCACUUUUCUUUGACGAUCGAGUUGGAAGCACGGGGAUUGUGACUGUUCGAAUUGAAUUUGAAGAAAAUUUGGAGGAACAUUGGGAUGCAUGCAUUAUGAAGAUUCCCCGAAACGAGCUAUUUUUGGAUGCGAAUAGAAACGAAGCGAGCGUAUUGCAAAAAAGCGCAGCUGGAAAGAAGCGAAAAGAACCUGAACUGAAGGAGGCGUACAAAAAAUGCUCGAAGAAAAAGGACGUGCAUAACAAGAGCGCAACAAGCGGCAGCUAG